AUGCUUCAAGCACGCUUCACCUUCACUUAUUGCUUCAUGAAAUCACAACUCUAUAUUCACAAAUCACAGACUAUAAGUCUGAUUUCAUUCAGUCGUAUCUUCAUAAUUUUAGCCAUUUUGAACGCUGCGCUACUUCCGACCAGCGUCAUAGCAACAGAGUAUGUAGUGGGAGACGACAGUGGUUGGACCAUCGGUUUAAAUUACCAAACAUGGGCUAGCAAUAAAGAUUUUAAAGUUGGUGACAAGCUAGUGUUUAAUUAUCCGAAAGGCAUACAUAAUGUCUUCAUAGUUAAUGGUAGUUCGUAUGCAAACUGCAUUAUUCCGCCCCCAAGCAAAGCUCACACCUCUGGACAUGACAUCGUAUCCCUAAUGGCCCCAGGCGAUAGUUGGUUUAUUUGUGGUGUAGGGAACCAUUGUGCUUUCUACAACCAGAAGCUGGCCAUCAAUGUCAAAGCAUGA